AUGCUCAACAGUCUUAGCAAGAAGCUUAGUAGUGAUAACAAGCUCUCUUUCACCAUCCCUACUAAGAAUCUGAAAUACACGUCCUAUUUUCUUGUGGAAGGAGAAGUACUCAAUCACGAAGAAGUUUGGCCAAAGGGCACUCGGAUGAUAAAGCAAUCAUCCCAACCAGAAACAGAAGACCAGGACACACCAAUGCCAGACUACCCAGAAUUAGACCCGGAUCCAGAUUCACAAGAUCCAUGGGAGUAUGAACACUGUCAUGACAUUAAUUGGGAUGGUUGUGGACUUUUCUGGUUCGAACCAUACACAAAGGAGUACUAUGAGUAUCAUUGCUCAUGA